AUGGUAACCUAUGUUGGUUGGCAAAGUUUUCUCAACAGCAUCAUGCUAGUGGUCAUGUUGGUGCUCGCACUGUUGUGUCAAACUGCAUCCAAGACACAUUCCAUUAACUGCAGCAUAUAUGAUGAUCCUCUCCCUAUUCCUCAUAACUUUUAUAAGACAGGUGAAAUAAUCAUUGGGGAGAUUGUUUCCCAGGUGUUCUUAAACUACGAUAACCUCUCUUUCACAGAACAGCCUAUGCAGACAUUGAUUGACGAACCUAUAUCAGUGCCUAAGAACUACCAACAUAUUCUGGCUUUAGCAUUUGCUGUCAAAGAGAUCAAUGAGAAUCCCACAAUCUUGUCAAAUAUCUCUCUUGGCUUCCGCAUCAUUAAUAGUUACUUCAAUGCAAGGAUGACUUACAAGGCCACUCUGAACCUCCUUUCCACACAACAAAGGUUUGUCCCCAACUUCAGUUGUCACAACCAGAACAAUAUGAUAUCACUCAUUGGAGGAUGUUUCUCUGAGAUCUCUGCUAACAUUGCAGUGAUUUUGGCAAGCAAGAAGACUCCUCAGCUCACUUAUGGAACAUUUUUACCAUCAGGGGAUGAGAAAAUGUAUUUCCCUUUAUUGUACCGCAUGGUCCCAAAUGAAGCCCACCAGUACAUGGGAGCUGUCCGGUUAUUUCAGCAUUUUGGGUGGACAUGGGUUGGGCUCUUGGCUGUGGACAAUGACAAAGGGGACCGUUUUUUGCAGACAAUGCUGCCUUUGCUUUCUGAGAAUGCCAUAUGUUCUGCAUUCGUAAUUAGACUACCACAAUGGAGUUUUGUGGACCAACUGAUAGAGUUGUUUCUCGACCAUGUGCAAAGCUAUGCAACCAUCUUUCAGGGUAAAGCAAAUGUAUUAUUUAUAUAUGGAGAAAACCCAUCUUUUCAAGUUUUGAGAAUAUUGCUAUUUCUAAUGCCCUUCACUAGCUGGCCUCCUCUGGAGAAAGUAUGGAUUAUUACAUCUCACUGGGAUUUCAUAUCGAUGUCCCUUCAAAAGAAUUGGGAAAUGCAAACAUUCCAUGGAUCUUUAUCCUUCACUGUUCACUCAGAUCAGCCAUUAGGAUUCCAAAAAUUCAUUCAAACAUUAAAUCCUUCCUGGUCGAAAGAAGAUGGUUUUAUCCAGGACUUCUGGGAACAGGCCUUCAGCUGUUCAUUAAAAAUGCUCAUGGAGGAUGAGGAGAGUGCCUGUACUGGAGAGGAAAAGCUGGAGAGCAUUCCUGGAAUAUUAUUUGAAAUGAAAAUGACAGGUCACAGCUACAGUAUCUACAAUGCUGUAUAUGCUGUUGCACAUGCUUUGCAAGCCAUUUACAAAUCCAUCUCAAAGCGUAGAAGUUUGGAUAAAAGGAACAGAUUGCUAUUACAGAACGUGAAACCGUGGCAGGUUCAUCAUUUUCUUAGAAGCAUCUUAUUCAAUAACAGUGUUGGAGACACUAUCCACUUUAAUGAAGAUAGAGAAUUAGUUGCAGGCUAUGAUAUUACAAACUGGAUGAUGUUCACCAAUGGCUCAGUGGUCAGAGUAAAAGUUGGAAAGCUAGAACCUCAGGCUCCUCCAGGCAGUGAACUGACCAUUAAUUAUGACCAAAUUAUGUGGCAUCAUGGCUUUAAUCAGGUGCUCCCAGUUUCUGUGUGUAACGACAAUUGUUAUCCUGGCUACAGCAGAAAGAAAAAGGAGGGAGAGAAAUUUUGCUGCUAUGAUUGUGCUGCAUGUCCAGAAGGAAUGAUCUCCAGCAAAAUAGAUAUGGAUGCCUGUGCUGAAUGUCCAGAAGAUCAGUAUCCCAACAAGCACCAAACUAAAUGCAUUCCAAGAGUUGUAAGCUACCUCUCUUACAAAGAAAAUUUAGGGAUCAUCUUAGCUACCUUGGCUAUUGCUUUCUCUUUGAUCACAGCUUUUGUAUUUGUAACUUUUAUUAAACACAAGGACACCCCAAUAGUGAAAGCCAACAACCGAACCCUCACCUACAUGCUCCUCAUCUCUCUUCUUCUUUGCUUCCUUUGUUCCUUGCUCUUCAUUGGACAGCCUGGAAAGGUGACAUGCAUUCUCCGACAAACCGCUUUUGGCAUCAUCUUCUCUUUGGCCCUUUCUUCAGUGCUGGCAAAGACCAUCACUGUGGUUCUGGCAUUCAUGGCAACCAAACCAGGAGCCAAGAUGAGGAAAUGGGUGGGGAAAGGAGUAGCAAAUUCAAUUGUUCUUUUUUGUUCCUUUGCUCAGGCUGGCAUUUGUACUAUUUGGUUAUGUACUUACCCUCCGUUCCCAGAUGCAGACAUGCACUCAGCAUAUGGAAAUAUGAUAUUGCAAUGUAAUGAAGGUUCAGCUACCAUGUUUUACUGUGUCUUGGGCUAUAUGGGUUCCCUGGCCAUAAUCAGCUUCAUUGUGGCUUUUCUUGCCAGGAAGUUACCUGACAGCUUCAAUGAGGCCAAGUUCAUCACUUUCAGCAUGUUGGUCUUUUGCAGUGUGUGGCUUUCCUUUGUUCCAACCUACCUGAGCACAAAAGGAAAAUACAUGGUGGCUGUGGAGAUCUUCUCCAUCUUAUGUUCCAGUGCUGGAUUACUGGGUUGCAUAUUUUCCCCAAAAUGCUACAUUAUUCUGCUGAGGCCUGAGCUGAACAGCAGGGAACACCUCAUGAGGAAAAUAAAAUGA